AGUCAGCUCUUGGAGUGCCACGAGACGAGUUGCUGCUCCUCCUCACAAGACACUGUGUCCAUUCUGGCUCCAUUUUGGCCCUCAUCAGCGUCAGGAGGAAGGAAGAAAGCACGCUCACUAAAUGCAGAGCUUGAAGUGUAAACAUGAUGUCAACACUGGAUAGCUCGGUGUACCGUCGACACAGGGACAGCUCUCCCGAGACCCAGGUGCGGCCUGUGGUUGUAGGGGCGCCCUACGUGCUGUGUGUGUUCACCGUGGGAGUCAUCCUCAUGGGAGUCGGCACUUUCCUUACCUCGCAGGCCUACGAGAAGGAUCCACCAGACACCCUGCUGCUGGCCCUUGGUCCUGGCCUACUGGGACUCGGAGGUCUGCUGUUGCUGGGGUCUGUCCUGGUGUGUGUAGUCGCCUGCUGCAAAAAUCGACAUAUACGAGAAGCCUUGUCCGAUGAGCUCCUCAACAUUGGGGGCUCCACCUUCUACGGUGGGAGGGGUUUCGUGCAGCUGGAGGAGGAGACGCAACUGCACGACCGUCCCCCGAAGCACCACCUCCACAACUCAGCCCUGGGCGGAGUCACCAACCCCGCUGGACCUGAUCACGAUGCGAUCAUGAUCUUGGCAAAUACGGUGGCAGAGGAAAGAGAGAGGCAACGUAAGAGCUCUCGAAAAUAUUCAAGAAAUUUAUCCCAGGACCCUCUUCAGUGUGUCGAUGUUCCUGGUUAUUCCAAGUAUUAUUUAGGUCCUCAGCGCCACAGCCGUGAUGACAUUGACCUUCUCGAUCACCUGGGCUUGGAGAGGCUUAGAAGAGCUAAUGCGUAUCCAGAGCUAGCUGAGGAUUUCGACCUGGGGGAUCCUGACAUGUCUUCAAGCGCAGUGAGGGAGAGAGCUUACAGCAUGUCCGUUCGAGGGUCGCCGGCACAACUGACUCCCGUUCAGCAGAGACUUCGCAGAAACGUAACCUUUGCGUCAGCCUACCAAGCCACUUUGCAGCACCAGCAAGAGCAGCUGCAGUUCCUACGACAACAGGAGCAGCAGAUGAGGAAAAAUCUGCUGCUCAAAGAGCAGCAGUCAAGCUUCAAACGUAAGAGGAGUUCGAAGCGAAAAAAGGGGAUACUAUCAAGAGAGGAGAGUACCGAGGGAAUCAAAGUGCAUUACCUUCCUCAGUACAACCCGGACCUGCUGAGUGCUGUGGGUAUCCAGCCCAAGCAUCCUCAGCUGGAACGGGUAGCCAGUGACCAGGACAGGCGAGACCCUAACAGGAAAGAACAUUGGAAGAACGAAGUCAACCACGGCAGUCUGGGCAACCCACGCCGACGACCCUCAGUGGUAAUGGGUGUCAAGGGGUUUCGACCACAACAUUCCGGCUCUUCGUACAGGCACCAUUCCAUCUACGCCUCGGAUAUGGACCUUCACAGAAUCCACACUGUGGCCAGUGAAGGCCACAGUGAUUCUACCUCCGAAUAUAGACAAGAGCCUCAAACACUUCAUAAACUCAGUAAAUCAGAUACGGAGGACCAAUACCAGAGAUCCUCGCCUGAAAUAAGACGCCCUUUCCGCCCAAAUGAAGGCUCGUUGUCCUCCUUAAAUCGACAAGAUACGAAGAGAGACGACCUCACGCUGCCCAGGUCCUCCUCAACAUCGCCCAGCCUAGGCCGACCGCUGUCCAACAUAUCUUCAGAAUCCUGCUGCUCCGAGUGUUGUCGAAGUGGACACGAUGGAUCCGCCUGCGAAGCUACUGGACAUACUCAUGACCAGCAGGUGGAAAACGGACCAGAAAAAAUGAAGUAAAGUAUAUACAGUAAAAGGACAGAGCGGUGUUGUGCAUGCUGUAGCAGCAGGGUGACAGGUCAAGCCAUGCCAAGACAAAUAACAUGAGUAAACUGACACUUCGCCCUUCUGUCUUGUAUUCGUAUGAGAAAGGUGAUUAAUUCUUGAAUAAUUCUCUAGUUCCAUACUUGAAAGGCUGAGACAAUCAUAUCGAAAACAGCGUAUUAUAUGCUUGAUUUUACUACGAUAUAUAAUGCUGAUACCAAAGACACGAUCUCAAUGAACGUUCUAAAAUGACACUUUGUUUCAACAGUCUAAUAUAUGUUUCAUACUCAUCGCUUUCAUUUAUUUCCUGUUUUUAAAUCAUUCUCCUCUGCUAUGUCCGGGUGCUACAUAAUAUUGUAUAAUUCUUUUGUACAUACUUUUCUCGUGGUAUAUUAUGAAAAAAUUAUAUU